AUGAAGGCAUACUUCCUCGCCCUGAUCGGCCUUUGGGCCAUCCCAUCAGCCAGUGAGAUCCUCGAACCCCUUCCCGAGGCCGCGUCGAGAAAGGAGCUACGCUUCCAACCCUACAUUGACUUCGACAAGGAUGGAUGCUACAAUACAGCUGCGAUUGAUGCCAACGGUCGUAGAAACCCUGGCAUCAUGAAGAGCUUUUCACCAAGCAAGAAUUGCCGCAACAAGAAGCAGCUCCUCAACAGCAAUGUUUACUCCCGUAAGCGAUGCAACCAUGGCUACUGCGCCAUCAUGUAUGAGUACUACUUUGAAAAGGAUCAAGCUACUGGCUUGAGUGGACACAAGCAUGAUUGGGAGAACAUUGUUGUGUUUACCAAGGGUGACAGAGAGGUUGUCCGUAUCGCUGCGACCGAAGAACACAGCAAAUACCGGUACACUAAAGACUGUGUGGACUGGUCGGAUUGCCCUAUCCCAUUCGAGGGAGAAAGACAUGCCAAGCUUGUCUACCACAAAGUCCGCGGCGACAUGCACAGCUUCCGCUUCGCCAAGGAGGAGGAGGGUGAGAACGGCAUUGAGAAAGCCGAAAACCACUUUCACCGCUUCUACAAGAGUCCGCUUGUGGGAUGGGACGACUGGCCCAGUGACGAGCUGCGAGACAAACUGGUCAAUUGGCAUGAUUUCACGAAGCCCAGUAUUGGAGGAAAGAGGUUCGGCAGGGCCCUUAAGAAGGCUGCAGGUAGCUUCAAGAUGGUUGGAGAAUUCAAUCCCUUUCAGGAGAGGGAUGAAGACGAGCCGAUUCCUGACGAGGAUUGGGACGAAGACGAGGAGUAA